AAGUGCACGAAGCCAGAAACCAUGUGAUUUGUUUACAAAUGGCGGCCAAGGAACAGGACCCAGUUAUUUCUGAGUUAAAUCAACCUUAUUUAGACGGCGGACAUGAAACGUCUUAUAUUUUUGUCCGCGGUUUAGGUUCAGGGGCUUUUGCAGAAGCAAAUCUUUACAGGAAGAUUGAAGACAACAGCCUGGUGGUAUGGAAGGAAAUCAACAUGGCAAGGCUAGGAGAGAAGGAGAAAAGAGAUGCUGUUAAUGAGAUAGACAUUCUCUCCCUACUUAAUCAUGCAAAUGUUAUAACUUAUUAUAAUCACUUCCUUGAUGGUGAAACAUUACUCAUUGAACUUGAGUAUGCAAAUGGUGGUACAUUGGCUCAAAAAAUUGAUAAACAGAAUGAACUAUUUCAAGAAGAUAUGGUGAAAUGGUAUUUGUUCCAGCUGACAUCUGCUUUAGCUCAUUGUCAUGAGCAUGGUAUCAUCCACAGAGAUGUAAAGUGUUUAAACAUCUUCAUGACGAAGACAGACCUUUUAAAGUUAGGAGAUUUUGGUAUAUCAAAAGUUCUCGAGUCAACAUCAGAAAUGGCCCAGACUGUACUUGGUACACCUUUGUAUAUGUCACCUGAAAUAAUGAAGGGAGCAAAGUAUGACUAUAAAACAGAUAUGUGGGCCCUUGGUUGUGUAUUAUAUGAACUUCUAACACUGACUAGAACUUUCCAAGGAACUAAUCAUCUACGGCUUGCAUAUGAGAUAGUAUGUGGUGAACAUGGUAGUGUGGAUGGCAGAUAUUCUAAGGCUAUUAGGGAUCUAGUUGAUAAAUUACUGCAGAAGGAUCCUGCAGACAGACCUUCAGCACUGGAAGUUAUAGAAAGUGAAGUCCUCAGUAAUAGAAGUGUUUUAGAAAAGCGUGUUUAUGAAUUAAACACAGGAGCUAGGAGAGCCAGGAUCCAGACAUCUGUAUCUGUAACAGAACAAACAGUGGUACCAGUAGUCAAAUCAAAGGUCACAGAGGUGUUCCAGUGGGGUGGUGGUAAGGUGGUACCACAGAAGCAGGACAUGUUUAUAAAGGGCAGGAGUGCUGCACAGGUAUCAGCUGGUCAUAGUCAUUUUGCUGUGGUUACCAUGGAGAAAGAAGUGUACACAUGGGCAAAUUUACAAGGAGGUGAUAAGAUAGUUGGUCAGCUUGGACAUGGUAACACAGCAGCAUAUAAAACACCAAAGAAGGUUGAUGCUUUUGAGGGAGUGGGAAUUAUACAGGCUGAAUGUGGCGAGGAUUUUACUAUCUGUGUCUCAGAUGAAGGUCAAGUAUACAGUUUUGGUUCAGAUUUCUACGGUUGUCUUGGUUGUGAUAACGAGGAAGGUGACGAGGUUACCUCCCCUGUUUGUGUUAAUGUGUUCAUGAGUUGUCCGGUACAAGAGGUGUCAUGUGGGGAUAAUCAUGUUGUAGCUCUAACUAAAGAUGGUGAUGUCUACACAUGGGGAUGUGGAGAAUUUGGUAGAUUAGGGCUUGGAUCUGAAGAUGAUUUUGCCAGUCCUCAGAAGGUUGAUUUAAAGAAGAGACAUCUGAUCAAGCACGUGUUUGCUGGAGCAGACGGUACCAUACUGCUCACUACAACGGGGAGAGUACUUGCAUGUGGUAGUAACGAGAAUAAUAAACUUGGCUUUAACUCAGAAACAUCGGGACUGAAAAAACAUAAAGCAAAGGUGUAUGACAUACCAUGUAAAUUGAACUUUACUCUAGUCAGACCUUUAAUGAGACUUAAUGUUGUCUCC